AUGAACGUUCCUCUCCUGCUUUUACUCCUCUUUCAGUUGCCUCGCUCUGCAGUGCCUACGGGAUCUGAACGCGCGUAUUUGGAGCACCAACUUGUCGAGGAAGGGCGCGUAUCAGGGCGCAGGACUGGAAGACUGUACUGUAGAGUUGGAAUAGGUUUCCACCUUCAGAUUCACCCCGAUGGAAGAGUCAACGGGAGUCACGAACCUAAUCCGUUAAGUGUGCUGGAGCUGUUUGCCGUGUCUCAGGGGGUCAUAGGGAUCCGAGGGGUUUUCAGCAACCGAUUUCUAGCCAUGAACAAGAGGGGGAGGCUUCAUGCGACUGAGAGCUUUACAGAUGACUGUAAGUUCAGGGAGCGGUUUCAGGAGAACAGUUACAACACGUACGCCUCAGUGAUCCACAAGAACCAUCGCACUGGUAGAGAGUGGUUUGUGGCACUUAACAAGAGAGGUAAAGCAAAAAUGGGGUCCAGUCCGAGAGUGAAGUCACAACACGUGUCUACACAUUUUCUGCCGAGGAUGAACUUGCAUGAAAAGACUGAACAAGGAUUCACAAUAACAGACAAAGAGAAGGAAAAACAACCACCUCCACAUCCACCAACACCUUCUAUAACGAAAGUCGCAGCCAACACCGGAAAGAAGAAUCGACCAGUAGUCAAAUACUGGCCCAAGUUUCGAUUCGGAUAA